AUGGCGUCCCCCGAGGCAUUCGCCCUCGACAUCCCAACCCUCCUCUGCCUCAGCUUCGCCCUCUCGUUCCUCCCGCUCGCCUACAUCUUCAGCACCCUCCUCCCCACCAACUCCCUCCGCAACCGCGUCCUCUUCUUCUGGCACGCCUACGACGCCCUCACCCAUAUCUUCAUCGAGGGCUCCUUCCUCUACGAGUGCUUCUUUAGCUAUGCCACCCUCCCACCGGGCUUCUCAACACCAAGCCCGCACUUCCUCUCCCGCAGCGACCGCGUCUAUGGUGCCGCCUACGGCACGGGCCCCAGCGCGCGGCUGUGGCAGGAAUACGCCAAGGCAGACCACCGUUGGGCCGUGGCCGAUGCGGGCGUGAUCUCGCUGGAGCUGUUGACCGUGUUCUUGGGCGGACCGGCCGCGGUGUACGUGUGUUACCUGCUGUGGAGGUCGAGCAGCGAGACGCUGAGUGCGCGGGCGCGGGGCUCGGCGAAGGCGACGCUGUGGCUUGUGAUGACGGCGCUGGCGACGGCGGAGCUGUAUGGUGGGUUCAUGACAUUUGCGCCGGAGUGGUUGACUGGGAGCGAGGCUUUGGCUACGCAGGAUCCGGUGUAUCUUUGGCUUUAUCUUUUCUUUUUCAAUACGCUUUGGGUUUGGAUGCCUAUUUGGGUUCUUUGGGAGGCGGGGAAGGAGCUUACGGCUGCUUUUGUGGUCAAGGAAGUGCAGCUUCAAGAGAAGAAGGAUUGA